AUGGUGGGAGCAUGCUAUAUAGUCGGAAUACCCACUUCAAAACGCACCCAAGAACAAGCCGCUCCACUGGGUAUCCCUCUUUGUGUUCUUGAUGACCACCCAAAACUCGAUCUCGCCAUAGACGGUGCAGAUGAGGUAGACCCAGAUCUCAAUUUGGUCAAAGGCCGUGGUGGAGCUCUUCUCCGAGAGAAAAUGGUGGAAGCUGCUUCGGAAAAGUUCGUUGUUGUGGCCGAUGAUUCCAAAUUGGUUGAUGGAGCUUGGAGGGAGUGGACUGGCAAUGCCGGUGGAGGUGGUUCAGUUUUGUUGGAAGUACAAUUUGGUGAGACUUGCCGAGUUGUUUAG